UCCACUGCCGGGUGGAGGGGCAAGGCGAGUGUCCUUAUCCUAGCGAUUGGGGCCCGGGCCUGGGAGCCAGUUGGAGUCGCGGCAGCGUGAACGAUCGGGCCGAGCGGAAGCAGACAUGUUGCUCUUCGUGGAGCAGGUGACAUCUAAAGGCACUGGUUUAAAUCCUAAUGCCAAAGUAUGGCAAGAAAUUCCUUCUGGAAAUCCAGAUGGCACUCCUGUAACGGAAAGCACUUGGCACGAAACUGCAGCCACAUCUGGAUCUCAUCCUGAGGGUAAUCCAGAACUUUCAGAAGAUAUGUGCAAGGAGUAUGAAGUCAUGUAUUCUCCCGCUUGUGAAACCACAGGAAAUACUACAGACAUCGAAGAGUCAGCUGAUGGAAUGAUUUUAGGACCAGAAGAUCUGAGUUACCAAAUAUACGAUGUUUCUGGAGAAAGCAAUUCAACAAUUUCUACAGAAGAUUUAAAAGAAUGUCUGAGAAAACAAUUAGAGUUCUGUUUUUCACGAGAAAAUUUAUCAAAGGAUCUUUACUUGAUAUCUCAAAUGGAUAGUGAUCAGUUCAUCCCAAUAUGGACAGUUGCCAACAUGGAAGAAAUAAAAAAACUGACCACAGAUCCGGAUUUAAUUCUUGAAGUGUUGAGAUCUUCCCCUAUGGUACAAGUUGAUGAGAAGGGGGAGAAGGUGAGACCCAGUCAUAAGCGUUGUAUUGUAAUUCUCAGAGAAAUUCCUGAAACUACACCAGUAGAGGAAGUGAAAGCUUUGUUUAAAAAUGAAAACUGCCCAAAAGUCAUAAGCUGUGAAUUUGCACACAACAGCAAUUGGUAUAUUACUUUCCAGUCAGACACGGAUGCGCAACAGGCCUUUAAAUAUUUAAGAGAAGAAGUUAAAACAUUUCAGGGCAAGCCAAUCAUGGCAAGGAUAAAAGCCAUUAAUACGUUUUUUGCUAAGAAUGGUUAUCGAUUAAUGGAUUCUAGUCUGUAUACUCAACCCAUUCAGACUCCAACCCAAUAUCCCUCACCAGUCUUUAUGCAGCCAGUGUAUAACCCUCAUCAGCAGUACUCAGUGUAUAGUAUUGUGCCUCAGUCUUGGUCUCCAAGCCCUGCACCCUACUUUGAAACACCACUGGCUCCUUUCCCUAAUGGUAGUUUUGUGAAUGGCUUUAGUUCACCGGGAUCUUAUAAAACAAAUGCUGCUGCUGUGAACAUGGGCCGACCAUUCCAAAAAAAUCGUGUGAAGCCUCAUUUUAGGUCAUCCAGUGGUUCAGAACACUCAGCAGAGGGCUCUGUGUCAUUGGGGGAUGGACCACUAAGCAAAUCUAGUUCAAGGAACUUUAUCUCUGAACGGCAUAACUCUACAGUAACAGGGAGUCAAGAACAAGCUUAUCUUCCAAAGGAAGCUCCCAUUUUACAAAUGGAACAGAAUGGGGACCUUGUUAGGGGCAGGAGGGCUCUUUUCAGAGGUCGAAGGCGAAGAGAUGAUGACAGGGUCCCAAGACCUCAGCCUUCAACAACUGAAGUGAAGGCUCCAACACCAAAGUUUGACUUACUAGCUACAAAUUUUCCUCCCUUACCUGGAAGUUCAUCAAGAAUGCCAGAUGAGCUUGUUCUGGAGAAUAGAAUGUCUGAUGUUGUUAAAGGUGUCUACAAAGAAAAGGACAAUGAAGAUUUGAGAGUUAGUUGCCCAGUUCCUGCAGAGGAUGAACAGGCAGACAGUGCUUCUGCCCAGCAACUCAGCAGAAGUCCUGGUCCUUCGUGUCCAACUGAGCUUCCUGUUUUAAGCACAACUCAGCAAGAAAAGGAUCAACUGGAGGAUUCUACAGUUCCAAAGGAUGUUCUCAGUCAGAUGACUGUACCAGUUUCUUCUCCAGCUACUGCAAAGCCAUCAAGGGCAGACACUGCUUCACCUUGCAAUAGUAACAUCGGUGCACCCACCGCUGUGAAUCUACAGGAACCUCGAAAGUUAAGUUAUGCUGAGGUGUGUCAGAAGCCUCCUAAAGAGCCAUCUCCAGUUCCUGUCCAGCCGCUACGGGAACUGAGAUCCAAUGUUGCGUCUCCCACCAGAAAUGAAGAGAAUGGAUCUCCUGAGAAGCCUGUUGAAAAAACAUAUGAGAAACCAGAAACAAGGGCUAGUAAGGAUCAUUCUGGCUUCCGCGGCAGUGCCAUUCCCAGGGGAGCAGCUGGAAAAAUCAGGGAACAGAGACGGCAGUUUAGCCAUAGGGCUAUACCUCAGGGAGUGACUCGACGUAAUGGGAAAGAGCAGUUUGUGCCACCCAGAUCACCAAAGUAAAACACAACCGUAACAGAAGCUACUCAGAAACUUCUCUCUUCCCACUAAACUUGAGCCUAUAUUGAACUGUCUUGGAGGGGAGGAAGUAGCCAGGAAAGAUGGGAAGGAAGUAUGUCCUUAAAUAUUAUGGAUUUUGGAAUUGUAAGAGGAACCCAAAAUUCAUCUCUAAAUGAUUUUCAAAUGCUGGAGGAUUCCAAUCAGUAUAAAUAUAUAUAAAUAUAUAUAUACACAUAUAUAUAAAUAUAAUUUUUCUAUUUUUGUUUUUGAUUUUAGUUUGCAGGGAUUUUCUGCCUGGAAUCAAUUUUGAAGGUUCAGAUUUAGCUUGGGAGAGAAAACAAAAAAACAUAUCCUUCAGUAUAGGAGAUGAGGGAGUGAGAGAAAAUAUUUUUUGAAGAAACAUUUCUGUAAAAAUUAGAAAUUACUUUUUUUAAUCUAUUUAAAGUUUGGCUUGAAGAAUGCCAUCUCUGACAAAUGGCCUUGUGUUGCAAAGCAGAUCAGUGGCUGGGGAUCUGUUCUGGGUGUGAGUGUGUGCAAAGUGAUUGAAGCCAAAUCUGUUGUCGUGUUAGUAAAUGAUUUAAAAACUGAAUGUAAUACUUGAGUAGACUUUUGUAGUUUGGAAUUUAGUUUGUUUUUUUGACAUUACUAAUAUUGUAUUGUAUUGAGCUAGCUAUUAAGCUUGAUUGUGUGUGAAGCUGUGACUACCAAUCAGUUUGAUAUUCAAGAGAAGAAUAGAGAUUAUUAAAAAACAAUUGAAAAUUUCUGUUUUAGACCUGAAUACUGGAUAGGUCAAAUAGAUUUCAGAGGUUCAAACUGCCCUGUGACUUUUUUUUAAAAAACUUUUCUCUUUAAAAUGGGAGACAAAUUUUUUUCUUACUUGUUUGUUAGUCUCUGUUCUUUGACUCUUCACCCCCAGAAGCAAAAUAACCAACCAUUUCCUGUGGUUUCUCACUACUUUGACCAAUUUAAUCAAAUCAUACAACUAUCCUAAACAUUAUAAUGGAUUACUGAAAGAUUUUAUUCUUCUAUUAAAGCAAUCUGAAUUUUAGAUCCCAGGAUGGUGCUGGCCUGCCAUUAAUUUAUUUGUAUUGGUGUUAAAAAUGAAGCAGAAUGCUUUUGGGUGUGGUGGCGUACAUCUCCAAUCCCAGCUUCUGAGGUCUAUGCCUGCCUGGUUUACAUGAGAUCCAGUCUAUCCAAGACUACCUAGUGAGAGACCCUCUUCCAAAGAAAUUAAAAAUAGAAAGACAAAACAAUGUAACUGAUUUUUUUAAAGUGGUAUAAAAGAGAAAAAAUUUCAAAAUCUAAUUUGGGGGAUUUCUUUUUCUUUUUAUAGUGUUUAUCAUCUUUCUUUCCCUUCCUUCCCCAAAAAAUACAGUUUGGAAUUCACAGACUAAAAAUAGCAAGUCGAGAAAUUUGAGAUAAAGCGAGAAAAGUGGUUGAAGAAAAUAAAUGCAUAAUUUCUCAGUGAAUAAAGUUGUAGCUGUCAUAUAUUAAAUAGGAAAGUUUACCUGCUGGUAUUAGAAAACAGCUCAAGUAUGAAAAACCAUGUUGCAUUAAUGUCUUAAGUCAUAGCCUUUUUAUAGUUUUAUGUAGGGUGGUGGUUUAUUUUCUGCUUAGGGAUAGUUCAUAAUAGUAAGAACUGUCCCUUCUAUUAGUGAGUUAUGUUUGUACAAAUUGAAAUUGUAAGUUGUGAGCACUGGAAAGCACCAUUGUGACAUAAACAUCAUAGUAAUAUAUGUAAAUGGAAGUUAAAAUUGCAUUACUGUGAAACUUACCUUCCACCUCUUUUUAUUAUUAUAAAGAAAUCUUUUUAUUUUUAUUCUUAAAUACAAUUGGUUUCUCUGAUUAUAACCCAUAAUCAGUGUCACCUAAAAUAGAAAGAUCUCUACAGAACAACCACCCCAGGUCUGUCUCUCUCUCCAUUUCUAGGGCAGUUGUACUCAAAAAAAGCAGAGCUGAAUUUGUCAAAUUACUGUCUGCAUUUAAAGACUCUCAUGGAAAUAAGGGAGAGUCAGACACCAGAGUAAUAAAAUUAAAAGCUUUCCAUGAUGAAACCAUCUUGUGCACUAUUCUGAGCAGUCUUAGAUGUUGGUCUUUCUGCUGAUUCUAGCUCUGGACAAUAGCAGGCGCACUUGGGAACCAAUGGCUCUCAGUUCACUUGCCAUACGGUUGGUCAUGGUGCAUUUCUGGUGAGUAAGUCAGCAGGACAAUCAUGACCCAGAGGUGAAGCAAAACUAUAUAGAUAAUUACAAACACUCGUGCUAUGGGGCAUCUUCGGAGAAAAAUUCCCAGGCGGAUACUAAACUGGUCAAUGGAGCUAGCAGCUUUGCAAAGCUUACCAUACAUUCCUGCCAGAUUAGUUUCUGUGUUAUUAAGAACAGGAACAUUUCGCAGGCAUGUCCCUUCACCACUGUCAAUUCCAGACAUGGUAAUGGAGGAUCCGCUGCUGGGCCCGGUGGAGACAGAGUGCACCUGCUGUUCCAGGCGCUCUAGUUGGAAGACUAAGGAGCUCUUUUCUGUGCUGAGGUUCUCUAGCAUGGUCUGCUGCUGGAUGUCUCUGUCAGCUGAUGGAGUCGGCUUUCUAGUUCCGACUGGCUGCUGUUGCUUAAAGUUUUGUUGGUAAGCUGGUUCCUCUCAAUCCUUAAUUCUGCUUUGCAGGGUGUUGUUUGUUCCAUGCAGAUCUUCUUCCAUGUAAUGAAAUUCCUGUUUUAUCUGGUCCAGUUUUGUCUCCAGCUCUUGUUUAGAGGUUUUCUGCCUAGUUAUCUGGUCUUGCAGAUCGUGUAACUGUUCUCUUGCUGAUUCUGCUUCACCAACCUGCUGAGCCUCCAUAUCCUGCAACUCAGAUCUCAGCUGAUGUAUCUGGCCCAUCCGCUUCUGGAUCUCCUCCUUUUGCAUCUCCUUCUCGUGCCGAAGUUCUAGCUCCAUGUUGCCAGCCAUGCUGCUGUCUAGGCCUUCAAAACUGGAGCCUUCCUUUAAACUGUUUGUCAAUUUUUCUUUAGACUGGAGUAUUUGUGUAGCUUUCUGCUUGUAGUAAAUUAAUUCCUGCUUAGAAGACUCCAAGCUCGACCUGUGUAGCUUGACUUGCUGCUGGAGCUCAUCAACCUCCUUCUUCUCCUCAGAGUACUUUCUUUCUGCCAGAGUAACCGCUUCUGCCAAAUUCUUAUGUUCCGCUUCCAUUUUAUUAAGGCGUGCAGUGAACUCACUCUGCAUCUGUUUGUAGCUCUCCUGCUCUCUCUUCAGAGUGGCAUCCACCUCAUGCAGCCUCUCCUGAAGAGUUUGCAGAGCUUGGUUCUGUAGACUACUGCCUUCAUUGUUCGUGACUUUUCACUCUGCAAGGCUUCCAGUGUUUCCAUGGUCAGCCUCCUGCUGCAGUCGCACUUAGAGCACAGCCAGCUGGAAUCCUUUGCAGCCACUGCUUCAGUAAGGUCAUCAACUUGGGCUCAUAGUUCCUGAGUUAUUCGAUCACUUUUUGAAUGGUCAACAUUCCAUUUUUCAACUCUUGCCCUUGCCUUAUUUCUUCUUGAGUUCUUUGGAUCUCUGAAGUAGUGUUAACUCUUACGUGUCAGAUUUGUGUUAGUGGGUAAUUCUUAAAAGCUUUGAAAACACUGCAGGAAUCGUGUAACCCAGAAUUAUUUCUUUGUAACUUAUUCAGCUUGGCAAACGCUUUUGAUUUGGUGGGUUGAUAACAUGGUGUAUUUACUCAGUUGGAAACAAUUAUUUCUAAAUACUAUUUUUUUAAUCAUCUACUAGAUGGAGCAUACAAUAAAACUACCUGUACUAAAAAUUGGGAGAACUUUAGAUCGUUUAAAAAGUAUUAAUAAUCAUUAGCUGCUUUAAUGAUAAAAAGUGUUCUGUUUACCUAGAAAUGAUAAACAUUUAAAGUGUUAACAUCCUAUGAAUGCAGUGGA